CUCUGCGCGAUUAUUGUUGACAUAAUAUCAGCUGUUUGGCCAGCAAACAAAAACAAAACAAAAUAAGGAACAUAUUUUCUUCAGCAAUAUCUCUAAUUUUUAAUUCUUAUUGCGUUUUUAUCGAAAACCCGCUGAUGACGGCAGUCGGCGUUAAUUCGAUCCUCUGCCUGAGGCAGUUAGUCCGCCUAAACAGACGGCAGUUUUCAGCCCGUGCGGAAUCCGUGCUUUCCGGCUCACAAACAAAUGACCCGGCAGCGCCACCACCGACAUCGAAAUCCGCGGACAAAAUGCGCGGAUGGCAGCUGCAUAACUACGGCGAUAUAGACGAGCUGCAGCUCUCUGACAUGCUAAAGAUACCCCAGAUCCGUAGUUCCAACGAGUGUUUGGUACGCAUCAGGGCGACGGCAGUAAACCCCAUCGACCUGGCUAUGCUCCGUGGUUACGGGGCCACAGUGCUAAACAAGAUGCGCUGCCAGCCUGGCGACGGCAUCGAGUUUCCACUUAUCUUGGGCCGCGAGUUCUGCGGUGAGCUGGUGCAGACGGGAAUGGGUGUUUCGCUGCCUCUGGGAUCGCGCGUCUGGGGAGUGGUACCCCUACAGGCCACCAUUGGCUCGCAUGCGGAGUACGUAGCUGUUCCUUCAUACUGUCUUGCUCCUGCACCCAAAGAACUGGAUGACAGCGAGGCCGCCAGUGUGUUGUAUGCCGGAUUGACGGCUUGGUCGGGUCUGUACAUAACCGGAGGCCUUGGUGGUCCUUGUGGAGCCACAACUGCUUCCGGUGGAGGUGCCCACAAGCGGGUCCUAGUCCUUGGCGGCUCCGGUGGCGUUGGCACAUUGGCAAUACAAAUCCUCAAGUCCCAGAAAGUACAAGUUUUGGCAACCUGCAGCGAAAAUGCCAUUGAAAUGGUUCGCAAUCUGGGAGCCGAUUUAGUGGUCGACUACAACAACCCGCAGGCCAUGGAGGAGCUGUGCAAAUACGCACCCUAUGACAUUGUGCUGGACUGCGCUGGACAAGGAGGUCAGAAGGCUGCGGAAUCGAAGUUUGACUUUCGCCAGUACAUCACCUUCUCAUCUCCGUUGCUGGCCAACAUCGACAAACAGGGACUGGGAGUGGGAGCGCUUAAGAAUGUGUUCGAUCUUUUCCAGACCAACGUAAGGUCCGUCACGCAGCGCGGAGGCCUUGUCAAAUGGGGCUUCUUUAGUCCCGCCCCCCAGGGAAUUCAAUUCCUACAGAAACUAGUGGAGCAGCGAAAGCUGAUGCCGCUGAUCGAUAGCAGCUACGGUUUCAGUGAGCUGCCAAAGGCCUUUGAGAAGAUGAAAUCCGGGCACCUCCGGGGCAAAAUUGUGGUGAAGCUGCGAGAGGAAACUGGCGACUAGCAGGCUGAUAUUGUUGUUUCUGUUGCAUUAAAGGCUUGUGUUGGUUAAUUAAAACA